AGGCAGGACUCCACACUUGCGUACUGGCCGUGCCGCCCCUGGGGGGUGGGGGGGGAGGACCGAGGGGGAGCCGCAGGCCGCCGCCAUCUUGUGAGUGAGGAGGAGCCGAAAUCACCGCGGGGGCGCCGCCAUGAACCCCGAGUACGAUUACCUGUUCAAGCUGCUGCUGAUUGGAGACUCGGGUGUGGGGAAGUCCUGCCUCCUGCUGCGAUUUGCUGAUGACACCUACACAGAGAGCUACAUCAGUACCAUUGGGGUGGACUUCAAAAUCCGGACCAUUGAGCUGGACGGCAAAACCAUCAAACUACAGAUCUGGGAUACCGCUGGUCAGGAGCGGUUCCGGACCAUCACCUCCAGCUACUACAGAGGGGCGCAUGGCAUCAUUGUGGUGUAUGAUGUAACAGAUCAGGAGUCCUACAGCAAUGUGAAGCAGUGGCUGCAGGAGAUCGAGCGCUAUGCCAGCGAGAAUGUCAACAAGUUGCUGGUGGGCAACAAGUGCGACCUCACCACCAAGAAAGUGGUGGACUACACCACCGCCAAGGAAUUUGCAGACUCCUUGGGCAUCCCGUUCUUGGAGACUAGCGCCAAAAACGCCACCAAUGUGGAGCAGUCAUUCAUGACCAUGGCAGCUGAGAUCAAGAAGCGCAUGGGCCCUGGUGCCACCGCUGGCGGGGACAGACCCAACCUCCGAAUCGACAGCACUCCAGUCAAACCAGCGGGUGGAGGUUGCUGCUGAGGCUGAGGACUGAGGGGUGGGGUGGGGAGGUGACUGUCCAACCCAGUGCUGUCCAGCACCCUCCUCCUGUGGAGUAGCAACUUUCCCGGAUGAUGCCGUGCAGGGGGACGGGACCUCUCGGGGGGGGGGGGGGGGUUGGGUUCUCUGCCUGUGUUACUUACCCUUGUUGAGUGUGUGGUGGGGACAGACCUGCAAGGUGUGCUCUCCCACCCUUGAGAACUUCCCUCUAUGCAGCCUCUUGCCUCGGUCCUUGGUGCCUGAUGGCUGGCAGGAUUCCUGGCUCCUUCUCAUGAGUUCUGCUGCUGCUCCCCUCCCCUUCCUACUGGGUGCAUGGGGCUGCCCCCAUCUCCACCCCUCUGCUCUUCUGCUGCCUGCAGUCCCCUUCUCUCCAGUUCCAGAUGGGGGGGGUCUCAGAUGGUGACAGGCUCGCCCCCUCUCUCUUCCUGGGAAGGCUCCUGUGUGGUUAAGCUUGAUCCAAGGCUGGCUGGAGCAGUUCUUCUGCCUGGUACCUGGUCUCCAUGGGGUAGUUGCUUGUCACUAGCAAAAUAAUGGAGGUAGGGGCGUAGGCCCCUCUGAACUGCUCAACCUACUCUCUAGGUUGUGCCCCCUGCCUCCACUUAAGGGGUCUAUGUUGUCCUGGCUCCAUGUCUUUUCUCAUUCCUCUUGCUCCCAGCGGCACAGAGACUUCUGUUUAAUCUCCUCUCUGCUGCAGUUUGGGGUCCCCUUUCCUCCCACUGCCUUGCUCUAGUUCAAUAUUUAUACCCCUGCUGCAGACCUUCACACAGUGCCACAGAGUGGCUGUGACGCAGGACUGGCCCAGGAAUGCUGAGCGGAGCCUGAUACCACCACCACUCCACCUCCAUCCCUCAGUUUCCUCACCUCGCCCUGCUGAGGCUGUCUCCCAGUGCUCCCCAGUCAAGUGGGGCAGGCAGCUGUCUCUGGGCCAACCCAUGCCAGGCCCACUGAAUGUAUUCAGGGUAGCAUGGACAGUUGGGGACCUUAGAACUGAUCAGAGGCCUAUGGGCUGCUUGUUCAGACCCUUCCCCAGGGCUCUUUGCAGCUCAGGAGCUUCCUGCACCUCAGCCCUUGGGGGGCUAAUGCACUGAGCAGCUGUCCUGCUUUCCCCCCCCCCCCAGCUGGGAAGCUCUUGCACUUUCUGUGGGGCAAGUGCAUGGGGGAAGCCAUCUACUGCUCAGCUCACCCCUCUGCAGUGUCAGCCCUUCCCACUGUGACCUUCCCCAAGAAGGGGAAGCUGGGAGCCUGAGCGCAUGUCUCUUUGCUGUGCCCAGCCCUACUGUCUGGCCUGGCUCAGCCUUGCCUGUUUAGGGUAGUGGGAGGAGCUGCCUGGAUGGUUCAUUUGUUGGCUUUUUUUUUUUUUUUUUCCACCAGUGACAUUAUUUAAAAAAAAAAAAAAAAUGGAACAAAAAAAUUCCAAAAUAAAGAUGAGUGCCUCUGUGGGGAGGCUUCUGCA